AUGUCAUCAACCGCCACAUCAUCAUCCACCACAGCCGUAAACAGCGAAGGCUCCCGAACGCAAGAAGAAGCCAGAGCGGCCAUCUUAGCAUCUUUGGAAUCAGCCGGUUCAACAUACGACAACAAAUUCACGCGCCGGGCCACGGACCUUCACGCCAAUGCCAAAGCAAUCGCAAAGCAGGAGGCUGAAGUCAAACAGCAAGCUGCUGCUCUCGCAAAGGAGAGCGCCAAGUGGCAAAAGGAACUCGACAAGGCCACCACAGGCGUCAAGGAGAUUGGAGAUGUUCAAAACUGGGCGGAAUUGAUGGAAAGAGAUCUGAUGGUGUUGGAGGAGACAUUGCGUCUGGCUGAAGGUGGUGAGAUGGUUGAGAGUGCCAGMGGUGGAAGCUCUUGGCGAUUGUGA